AUGACCACGUUUAUUUCUUUCAUUAUUUUUGUUUCGGCAGUUUUUUCUCAAAAAAUUCAAGGUAAACGAACACAUGAAUUGUUAGAACCCAUAGCUUACAAUAGAGGAAGUGAUCGUGAACUUGUUGCAAAAGCAGAAGAACAACUGCUGAAUACUUUAUCGUUGCUUGAAGCUUUAGUCGACGAUUCGAAUCAACUACAAAUGGAGAAACGACGCAACAAAUUUGAAUUUAUACGUUUUGGUCGUCGAUAG